ACUCAGAAUCUGCACCUCGACUCGUACUUGGAUCCCUCCACCAACUCAGCCUUCUUCAAACUGCAUGGCCGCAUCUUUCUGAGGAAGUUCGGCAAGGAUAACAAGCAGGCCAUUUAUCUUUUUAUCUAUCCCGAAAACAUUCAGACAAUAACGUGGGAGACUGCAAGCCAUUUCUCAGGUACAAAACAGGAUACAGGUCACUCAUUGUGCCUCUCGUUGUUGAAGCCACCUGACUUGGUUAUCCCCAAAAACCGUCCCCUGGAGGCGAAGAAGAAUACCCAAAACCUGCUGAACUCGAUCCUGGCCCUCGCAAAAGCGACUACACUCACCGCCUACUUCAGCGACAAAGAAACGGACCAAGGGACGCGGCAGCAGUUGGCAUCGGUGGCGUCUGUCUUCUCCAAGCACAGGGACAACCGGCUGCUUGUCAACAAGGAGCGAGCAAAUCUCACUACGUUGUACGCAGGCAUUGGUGGUCAAAUCUUUGACUUGAACCCCAAGCCUAGUUCUGAAGUGGCCCCGCCCCCAUCAUACAACAAAGUCGCCCCCAGUUCCAGACAACCCCAUGGCAGGAAACGCCGACGUACCAGCAACCCCUCUUCCGAUGAUUCUGAACCCAUUCUCUCCCUCCUUAAAACGAUGAAUAAUAAACUUGACAAUCUGGGCAUCCGGUGUGACGAUUUUGACAACCGCUUAACAAAGCUUGAAGAACAAGUUUCGAGUACUCAUAGUCCCUGCCGAUAUGGGUCAGAGGAGAGGACAGUCCUCUUGCAGGAUAUCCACGAGGAACUGGAGGACUCGGUACUGGAUAUACGGUGGGAAGUGCGAGACGAUCUUAAUGACGUGAUUAACGAGGCUAGGGAGGACAUUGAACAGUUGAAGAAUCCGGAGAUCAUUAAGCAACUGAUAGACGAACAUGUCAAAGAUGUGCUAGACCAUGCAAAUGUUGAAUUGAAAGGAAAUGUAUCCUUGAAAUUUAACACAUAA